UUCACUCCAUUCUUUCUCAAGUCUAUGUGGCCUCUUGUCAUGUUUCUCUAUCAGCCCAUCAGAAAACUUUGUGCUCAGCUCCAGUCGCUCCCCGCCCCUCGCCCCGCACCCUCUGUUCUCUUCUUCAUGAGUGCCACCCACGUCACCACCACCACAGAGCGUGCACAAGGGAGCAGCAUGGCAUGAGUCACAGAUAUGCCCGUGUUUACCUUUCAUUUGAGACUGAAAAUCACAGAGCAUCUAGUGUAACAGGUAAGGUACCCUGGCCCCCGAUGUCACAUAGGUGGUGGUGGUGGCGACAGCGGCAGCAGGGGGAGAAAAGGGGCCAUAAGCUAUUGGACUGGACUUGUGCCUAGCAUAGGAGACAGUGAGCCAUGGGGUCUAAGAAACAGCCUGCCAGUGGAAAUGGAGGCCAGUUGUUUGGAGAUUCCCUUGCAGGUCGACUUCCCACGAAGGAUGACAGUGGGGUGCACGGGCACCUUUUGGGCAGCUUCCCAAGAAGCCUCAGGAAGAAAACAAGACAAGACCAUUCAAGGAAAUUGGGCUGAUGCACUAAUUUCGGUUAAUGAUUGAUCAGCUAAUUUACAGCAGGAGCCAAAGUCUGAGUGAAGCACAGCCUUGCGGGCAACAGAAUCGAGCUGCGUUCCCAUGAGACAAGCCACAGGUCUCUUGGCCCCAGCAGGAUGCUUUGGCUCACAUGGACACUUCUCUCCAUACUUGUGGCAGCAGUAUCAGGAAACACAGCACCACGGUUUGAAAUGAACAGCACCUUCUCCUUACCAGAAGACACACCUGUAGGAGCCUGGGUUUUUCAGCUUGUGGCUGUGGAUGCUGACGGGGAUAAGCUGUACUAUAGCAUAGAAGGUGACAAUGCCUACUACUUCUCUGUCAAUGAGGAAACAGGCAACGUGACGCUGAGGCAACAAAUGGAUUAUGAGAAAACAAAAGCAAUUCUUGUGGAAGCUAGAGUGACAGAUCAAGCGAACGUCCAGGUCAAGAAAAAAAUCACCAUCAUUGUAUUAGACCGGAAUGACAACAAACCAAUAUUCCAGAAUGAACCCUAUUUCACAGACGUCCUCGAGAAUACAACAAUUGGCUCCCCAAUCUUUAGGGUUGAAGCAGUGGAUGAAGACAGCGGAAAUGCAGGACGGGUAUCCUAUGAAAUUGAAGAAGUCAACCCAAACAAUGCAGAGAACCGCCAUCUCUUCUCCAUUCUCUAUAAUGGCACUGUGGUGUUGAAUGGCUCACUCAGUUACAAUAACAAGAGCACCUUCUACCGAAUCAAGAUCUUGGCCACGGAUAAUGGAGGUUUGCUACAUAAUGUGUUCACCUAUCAGAACAACACAGCCUAUCUCUCUGUCACUGUUGUCGAUGUGGCUGACUUGGACCCCCAAUUCUUGGGUGAACCAUUUACAGGCUCAGUACCAGAACACUGUCCUUUGGGUACAACAGUGACAAGGGUGUUUGCCAUUGAUGGAGACAAGGACGUGAAUGAUGUCAUCUAUUAUAGCAUCACCAAUGACACUAGCUUGUUUACAAUCAACAAUAUCACUGGAGUCAUCACAGUGAGUGGCAGCCUGGACCGAGAGGGUGUUCCAGGUGAAGAUGUGGAGCUCCAGGUUGUGGCUCGUGAAAAAAACCUGAACAUUUAUCACCAAGUGGCACAAGUGAGCACCAUGGUGACUAUCCAAGUCAUGGAUAUCAAUGACAACACACCUCAGUUCUAUUUAUGCACAUAUCUUGCCUGCAACUUCUCAUCACCUCCAGAAGGCAACUUUUCUGGUCAGAUUGAGGAACAUGCUUCUGCCCGAACACCAGUGGCCAACCUCAGCAUUGUAGCCUAUGACCCUGACAAGGGCGCCAACGGCACCUUUCAGCUGACCCUGCAGGGUCCAGAUGCCUCUGCAUUCUCAGUGUCGCCCCAACAGAUUGUGAAUGAAGGUGCUGUGCAAGUGCUAGUGAGCAAUCCGAAUCUUGUGGAUUAUGAAAAGACACAUACCAUGACUGUGGAGAUCGUAGCAAAUGACACUGGAAAAACAACAGAUUGCUGCUCUUUUGCAACAGUCACCAUCCAUCUUAUUGACAUCAAUGACCACAGGCCUGAGUUUGAACAGAAUGACUACAAACUUUAUGUGCUAGAAAAGAGCCCACCGGGUACCAUUGUCUCUUCAAAUAUCACAGCCACUGACUCAGAUAGUGGACUGUUUGGAGAGAUCACCUACCAGCUGCUGCCUCCAAACAUCCACUCCACGUUUACCGUGAAUGCAACUAGCGGGGCGGUGCUGGUGGCAAAUGGCAGUAACCUGGAUUGGAGGACCCGUCCUAUCUAUUAUGCCACCCUGCAGGCAACGGAUGGUGGCAAUAUGACUGGUUUUACACAGCUAGAGAUUUAUGUGAUUGAUAUAAACGACAACCCUCCAGUGGUGAUAGGUUCCUAUAUGGUGUUUGUCACUGAAGGAAAAGAAAUGGAGCCUGUCCAGAUCCUGGCCACUGACCAAGAUGAACCAGAGAGCGAUAAUAGCCGCUUGCAGUUUAACAUUUUGCCGGGUCAUUUCAGCAGCAACUUCUCCAUCAACGCAGACACAGGAGUGUUGUACAGUAAUGGGCCCUUGGACCGAGAAGCUAUCCCUGCAGAGCUUGAGGGCAAAAUGGUGAUAACAGUCUUUGUACAUGACAUGGGCAUCCCUCAGCUGAAUACCACCGUCAAUGUGACCAUUGUUGUGGAGGAUAUAAAUGAUAAUGCUCCCCGAUUCAACAGUCCAUUUUAUGAGUUCUUUGUUCAGGAAGGCGUGAAAGGAAUCGUGGGAAGUGUGGAGGCCACAGAUGCUGAUCAGACACAAAUCAACAACCGUAUCUCAUUCUACAUUGAAACAAGUGCGAGUUCGAGUAACUUCGUAAUGCGCUCUGUUUACCUGGGUCCUGGCUGGUACCAGGGGAUCUUGAGUCUGGCCAUUGCCCUUGACUAUGACCAGAUGCCACAGAAGUUCCUCAAUCUGACUGUACAGGCUGAAAACUUAGAAUCUGGAGGAACAGUUGAUGUUGACACUGCUGUGGUGAUAGUGAAUGUGCUGGAUGUCAAUGAUGAGCCCCCAAUUCUUGUGCCCUCUCCUCCACAUGAUGUUGAUGUCUUAGAGAAUGUGACCUUACAUGAGUUAGUAACCAGGCUGGAAGCCAGGGACAUGGACACCAACCACUCACUGGUAUUUGAGAAGUUAGCUGUAGCAUGCCUCAAGAGCUCGUCCAAUGUGGGCAGCGUAUGCCAGAACUGGUUCUAUCUGGAUCCCAAUGGCUCCCUUUUUGUCAAUAGUUCUGAGAUCAGUUAUAUAGCCUGUGAUCUAGUGGAACUCACACUGCGUGUUAAGGAUGAAUUUACUGAGGAGGGAGACCCGUACAGUAAAAAUGAGACUCUGAGGAUCUUGAUUAUUGAUGUGAAUGACAACCCACCAAUCAUCAAUUCUAUCACUGGUCCCUUUGUGCUAAUUCCAGAGGUCUUUGCAGUAGGGUUCCAAGUAGCUGCGGUAACGGCUACAGAUGCUGAUUCAGGUCUGAAUGGUGUGAUCACAUUUGCUCUCUCCAGUGUUGUUUUCAUCCAGGAGAACAGACUUGAGCAGGACUACGAACAUCUUUUCAAAGUGGUGACAACAGUAGACAAUGGCAACUACACUGGAAGCAUCCAAAUUGCGAGCAGCCCACCGAGUUCCUUGAAGGGUCAAUUCCAGAUGACAGUGGAAGCCAAAGACCAUGGAACACCUCCCCUGAAUUCCUCAAGUUCACUGGAUAUCUUCACUGUGGACCAGAGCGAUCGCGUCAAGCUGGAAUUUGAUGCACCCUUGAAGGAUGUGGAAGCAAACUCCAAAAACAUUGAAGCGUCACUGAUUAGAGCAACUCAAGCAAACGUCUAUAUAGCAACAAUCAAAGACAGCUCAUCAGCUUCCAGAGCAGACAGGACAGUGAUGGAGGUCUAUUUUGUCUACAGCAAUGGCACCGCUCUAGAUGAUGAACUUGUAACCAUGCUCAUUCAGAAUAGCUCCAAGGAACUGUCACUGUUGCUCAGUUUUCACCUGGCACUUAUUGGCCCUGUGCAGGUGACUAAGCCCAACAAGGUGAAUGAGCUGGUUGGUAUUAUUGCAGGACUGGUUGGGGCUGUGAUUCUCCUCCUCCUCGUCAUGGCCUUGACAAUAAUCGGCAUGAGGAAAAGUUAUACAAGGAAGCUGAAGGCCCUCAAAGCCCUGAAGGUGGCUUCCACAUUCUCAGUGACUGCUGUGCAACAAGGGCCAGGUAUCCCUGGGACCAACCAGUACAACAAGGAAGGGGCUAACCCUGUGCUUGGAUUCAUCUUGGAUGCUACCAUGGACCUUGGCUUUGAGGAAAACCCCAGCUUUGAAGUGGCCAGCCUGAACUCUCUGGAUGAGAACAUGGUUGAUGCUCCGGAGAGCGGACACACCACUCCUGCAGUGAAGAUGAGCAAAACAGGUGCUCUAAAUGAAGCAUAUGACAGGGAGGAGUACUUGAAAGCUGCCUUAGAAAAUCACAAUAAAGAUAAGCUGUGGGAUCUGAAAGAUCACAAGGUCAGCUCGUCCUUGGACACUACAGACGUGUGACUCCACCUAUUUCCUCAAUAAACAAAUCAACCUGCCAUGCAUCCUCUUUAAAAAUAUUCGGAUUGUGGUGACUGUUUUGUCUGAAUUAACAGCUGGAACUACAUCCAGAACAGAAACAAGUCUGGUUGAAACGAGUGAAAGAAAUUAUUUUGCACAAGAUGAAGGCCGACCAUGUGCACUAAGCUUGAUGGGGUCAGUGAAAUAGUUCUGCCACGUGAACCAAUGGUUAAGUGCACAAUGCCACCUCCCAUGGGAGAUGUGGCAGGAUGUGGGGUUUCAGAAUAAAUCUACUGAUCUGUAUGCAGCAUCUGCUCUGCACAACUCUGCUGAGUCCAAUGCCAGUAUCAUACCUGGCAAAGGCAGGGCGCGUUACCUCUCUUCUCCAGACACCAUCAACAUUGGUGACCCUGAACAAAGCAUUCAGCUCCGUCCUCUGCAUGUGAGAUCUUUGAUCCAAGUUCAAGCUUUUGCCUCGAUCCGAGUUGAUAUAGUAUGACUGUGCCUUUUCCUUUCUUAGGAUAAUAAA